AUGAGUAUCGAUAUAGAUGCCUUGGUGACUGCCGCUCGACUUGCUAUGGAUCGGGCCUAUUGUCCUUACAGCAAUUUUACUGUGGGUGCCGCUUUGUUGACCAAAGAUGGCAAAGUGAUUACGGGAGGAAAUGUAGAGAAUGCAUCUUAUGGUGGAACAAUAUGUGCGGAACAAAGCGCAGUGGUGCGAGCCAUAGCUGAAGGACAUCGAGAAUUUCGAGUAAUCGCAGUGUGCACAGCAGCAGCUGAACCCAGUGCUCCUUGUGGAAUUUGUCGACAAUUUCUUAUUGAAUUUGGUGACAUGAAAGUAAUAAUGACGACGUCAAUGUCCAAUAAACGAAAAGAAAUGCAGCUCUCACAAUUGCUACCAAUAUCUUUUACAUCAAAAGAUUUGGAGCAUUAA